AGUCCAAACAUGAAUCCGUCGAAUAACUCAACUUUCCCUUACCCUUCUGUGCCUGCGACGGAGGACAUGAACAAGUAUGCUCACUUGCUCCAGGUUAUCGAGGAAAUGGGCCGAGAUAUCAAACCAACAUAUGCAAAUAACAAAAACGCUGCCGAACGCCUGAAGAAAAACAUCCAUACCGCGCGCAUCCUUGUGCGAGAAUGUGUUUCUGAACUUGAACAUAAGAUCAAUGCACGGAUCUGCAAGGCUCAGGUCGCGUUUGCUAAGCUGAGAUACCUAUGGCGGAAAAGUGACACUUCUCUGAAACCCAAAGAACAUGUAUCAGGCUACAUAACGGGCACCAGAAGCUGUGGUGGUUGGGCCGUAAUGCACAUGCCUGAUCGUUUGCCAAAUCGAGUUGUGCUUUCUGUACCCGGGGCAGAGAGAGGGUCAAUCUUAGGUCUGGCAGAGGGAUAUGAAAGAGGUUACAAAACGUUUGGGUGCUGUCAGUGCGACUCGUCCUUCAGGAUAGGAACCGCGUGCCGAGCUGCCAUGCCACCGGAAGGAAGCACGAGGACUGAGAUAGUUCUAGGUUGCUCAAGCCCAGACGGAAAGGCGAGAUGCAGGGGUCGGGUUCGAACAACGGAUCUUCCUUACCGAACUCCGAAACAGAGAAAAUUGUCCGAUCGCAUUGUGUCCAUCCACGAAUCGGCCCAGAACAUACCAGAAUGCCAUCAGGUACCGUUGUCCGUUGCUGCUUCCCGAUGCGCUUUCCAGGUUCAUGCAAAGCACGCACACAGUGUGUGGCCAUUAACAAACUCAUGGACCCCGAAUUCAAAGAAAUGUAAAAGAACAUGCCUGUCCAACGUCUGUUUGAUGAUCUAUGGCACCGUGGCUUUGCUGGAGGCCCGGCGACUAACACCCGUUUACAAAUGUAUCCAUCCGAAGCAUAUUCCGACUCCAGGUAAAACUGAGUGUCAGCGCAGAACGGGGAGCUUGUGCCAUUCCGAAAGACCGAACAAACAGAAGACGAAGCCUCUUGCCCGUAAAAGCAUCAAGGAUCAAAACGGUUCUCUGAUAUCCAGCAAAGGUCGCUUGGAUUGUUGA